AGUGCCCCCAAACAGGCAGGAGUGAGCGGAGCGGCAUCGGCGGCAGCGCCGUCCCGCACGCGCGCGGCGGCGGCUCCCUCCCAACCUCCCCCUCCCCUCCCCUCACUCCCCUUCCCCUUCCCCCCAAGCCAGGAAAACGCGAGCCGUCGCCGCGCUCCCUAAACCGCGCCUGCCUUCGGCCAACCGCCCCCAACGGCCGUCCCCUUGCUCCUCCCCUCGGGCUGCUCGGAGCGCCGCGGGCGCUUUCCUCCGGCUGCCUCGCACUCUCCCGCCCCGCGGGCACGUUGCCUCUGUGUGCCGCCAUGCCCCAGCCGCGGGCUGUUCACGGGCCUAGGCUCGGCGGCCCGAGAUAGGGUCCCUCCAGCCUCCCGGGGGAGGAGAGAGGCCGCGAGCCGCGCGCUCCGCCCCCUCCCCCCGGGCUGUCGCCGCCGCCGCCGCCACCUCGCUGCCUCAGCCUGGCGGGGAGGAGGAGGAGGAGCAGCGCCAGGCCUCCGGUCCUCGCCACCGCCCGCAGGUCAAUUCUGAUUCAUUUGCAUCCUUGAAGAGCAUCUGUAGAAGAGGAAGAAAAAGAUGGGUGUGAAAACAUUUACUCAUAGUUCUUCUUCUCACAGCCAGGAAAUGCUUGGAAAACUAAAUAUGCUGCGAAAUGAUGGACAUUUUUGUGAUAUCACUAUUCGUGUCCAGGACAAAAUCUUCCGGGCACAUAAGGUGGUACUAGCAGCUUGCAGUGAUUUUUUUCGCACCAAACUUGUAGGCCAAGCAGAGGAUGAGAACAAGAAUGUGUUGGAUUUGCAUCAUGUGACAGUAACUGGUUUUAUACCUCUUCUAGAAUAUGCUUACACAGCCACUCUGUCAAUUAACACAGAAAAUAUCAUUGAUGUUCUAGCUGCAGCCAGCUAUAUGCAAAUGUUUAGUGUUGCUAGCACCUGCUCAGAGUUCAUGAAAUCAAGCAUUUUAUGGAAUACACCCAACAGCCAACCAGAAAAGGGUCUAGAUGCUGGACAAGAAAAUAACUCUAACUGCAAUUUUACUUCUCGAGAUGGAAGCCUUUCACCAGUAUCUUCAGAGUGCAGUGUGGUAGAAAGAACCAUCCCUGUCUGCCGAGAAUCCCGGAGAAAGCGCAAAAGCUACAUUGUUAUGUCUCCUGAGAGUCCUGUAAAGUGUACCACUCAAACAGGUUCUCCCCAGGUGUUGAAUUCUUCAGCUUCCUACUCAGAAAACAGAAAUCAAGCAGUUGACUCUUCUUUAGCUUUUCCCUGGACUUUUCCUUUUGGGAUUGAUCGAAGGAUUCAGCCUGAUAAGGUUAAGCAGGCAGAAAAUACCCGGACUUUAGAAUUACCUGGCCCAUCUGAAACAGACAGAAGAAUGGCCGAUUUUGUGACUUGUGAGAGCACAAAAACUACCUUGCCUCUGGGUGCCGAAGAAGAUGUCCAGGUCAAAGUAGAAAGGUUAAGUGAUGAGGAGGUUCAUGAAGAAGUGUCCCAGCCUGUCAGUGCAUCUCAGAGUUCACUGAGUGAUCAGCAGACAGUGCCAGGAAGUGAACAAGUCCAAGAGGACCUUCUGAUUAGUCCGCAGUCUUCAUCUAUAGGCUCAGUAGAUGAAGGCGUCACUGAAGGAUUACCCACGCUGCAGAGCACUUCCAGCACUAAUGCUCAUGCAGAGGAGGAUGAUCGAUUGGAAAAUGUUCAGUAUCCCUACCAACUCUACAUUGCUCCUUCUACCAGCAGUACAGAGCGGCCAAGUCCAAAUGGUCCAGACAGACCUUUUCAGUGUCCGACUUGCGGGGUGCGCUUCACCCGCAUUCAGAACCUAAAACAGCACAUGCUCAUCCACUCAGGAAUUAAACCAUUUCAGUGUGACCGCUGUGGAAAAAAGUUCACCAGGGCUUACUCGCUAAAGAUGCAUCGCCUAAAGCAUGAAGGUAAACGCUGUUUCCGGUGCCAGAUAUGUAGUGCCACUUUCACUUCCUUCGGGGAAUAUAAGCACCACAUGAGGGUUUCCCGGCACAUUAUCCGCAAGCCUCGGAUUUACGAGUGCAAAACAUGUGGCGCCAUGUUCACCAACUCUGGAAAUUUAAUCGUGCACCUGAGGAGUCUGAACCAUGAAGCGUCAGAGCUAGCAAACUACUUCCAGAGCAGUGAUUUCCUAGUACCGGACUACUUAAACCACGAGCAAGAAGAGACCCUUGUUCAGUAUGAUCUUGGAGAACACGGUUUUGAAAGCAACUCCUCUGUUCAAAUGCCUGUAAUUUCACAGGUCUCCUCAACCCAGAAUUGUGAAAGCACUUUUCCCUUGGGGUCUCUUGGUGGGCUGGCAGAAAAGGAGGAAGAAAUGCCAGAGCAGCCAAAGACCAGUGCUUGUGCCGAGACAACCAGAGAUGACCCCCCAAAAUCAGAGCUGUCUUCUAUAACUAUUGAGUAAUUUCAUGUUUUGGCUUCAGUUUGGUUUUUGGAAAGUGCCUGUGCUUGGUCUUGUACAUUUAAAUUUAAUUUAAUUUUUUUAAACAAAAAAGGGUUUGGGAAGGAAUUUCCCUUUUUACUUUGUAAACCCUGCAAUUGAUGUUUUAUUUUUCGUAAUUAGGAGGUUGCUUCUGUAAGUACAUAGUAACAUGAUGUCAAAACACAAUACUAACUGUGAUACUGAAGGAGAACCAGUUGGCUUAAAACGUGUCAGUUUCUUCCAGUUUUCAAAGUAGGCUAACAAAGGAGCAUUAGGGAAAGAAGAAAUCUAUGGACACUGACCUUCCUGAGAUGAAAGUGCGCACCAGAAACUGAGCACUAAGAGGAAUGGGACAGAUGGUCUGAAGAGAUGUUUACUCCCACCCCGGAUAUUGUACAAUAUUUGUAAAAGCCUGUUGUUUUUGGAAGUAUUGAUGAUAAGCUUUCUAAAGAAUUACUAGGGUAAAUACUUCUGAAAUCCAACAUACUUUUUUUUUAAGCUUUGUCAUUUCUAUUCUGGUUUUUCAUAGUGAAAAUUUGAUAUUGGGAUAGGCAUUCCCUGUAACUUUAUAGUGCCAGUCCUCAAAAAAAAAAAAAAAAAAAAAAAAAAACACCUUACCUUUGUUCCUCAAAAGAAGGCAGAGAACCAUGAUCGAGAAUAGUCGAGCUAUGCAUGAGCUGGCUGGGCAUGGAGAAUGUAGUCUGUAGAUCCCGGUUUCAUAGGCACUAACACUGCUUUUGCAGCUAGAAUUGUUUACCUGUCUUUGAAUGUUCAUGUCUGGCUAAUUAGGUCAUUGCCUAAAUCAAUUUUCCUCUUGCCCCAUCAACAAUACUUUCUCCUGCAUACACAGCUGUGAUACUAUAUAAAGGAAAAAUAUUGGAGAUAUUCUAUAUUUUAUAUGUAGGUCUAUGUAUUGUUGGGGAUGUUUUUUAUUAUGCUGUUUUAGACAACGUAAAAAAUUCUGUUAAGGCUAUAUUCUUAACCCAACUAAGAUUGUUUACAAAAAUCCCACAUGACAGUGAUACAUUGUCCUUGUUCCAAAAUAUUUUUAGACAUUGCCAAGUUUAUUAAAGUUAGUGUAGUUUUUACACAAUGUAAGCAAUAAUGUAAGAGAUGAGAAAAGGCUGCAACAUGAUGGUCUGUGAAUGAUGGUUAUAAAUCUGGGGAAGAAAACAAUUGUUAAGACUAAAGAAAAACUAAAAAUCUUAAUAUCACCUCUUCUGCUGCUAAAACAUAGGAAACUUUCUGAUUUACAGUUGAGAUUGAUAGGAUCCUCUAGGCUAGAGUAUUCUUUCCAUCUCACACCAUUUCAAGUAUCACUUACACCUUGAUCCUAAAAUAUUUGAGUUCAUGAACAAUGAACUUCUGAGUAGCUCUUUUUCUGUGUAUAUACCCAAAGUUUAAUAAUUAUGAAAGCACCUGAUUAGCUCAGAAAAUAAAAUAUAGUUUAUUAUUCAACACAUAAGAUCUGAAUUUUGUCCGGACGGUAGACCUUAAUAAUAAAAUAUAUUUUUAAGUUUUAAUGAUUUGAUUGUUUCCUUUUUUAAAAUUUGCUAAUUCUGUCAUUUAUCCCCCCAAAUGUAAAGGAAGAGAAAGCAAACUCAUUGAAGGGUUUUUUUUUAGGCUAAUUUUUUUUCAGUCCCUUUCCCUAGUCCACUGCUUUUCACCUGUUUCCACCUCUGUACUCUUGAACGAAUGUGCACGGCCUUCAGGAAAGUCAGCACAGGGUCCUGACAGCCCCCACCGGUAACGCUCCUUUACCGAGAGGGUUGGAGCGCUUUCCGCACAGACCGGUAGUGACAGCGUGCUGCGUCUCCACUGGAGAGGCCUGGGGUUUUUAAGUUACGUCAUACAAUUUGAAAACUGUUACGCCUGCCAAGCAGAUAAGUGUCAAAGUUAAUUUUUAAAUCUUAACAUGGACAAGACAAAGAAUAGGUAAAAUUGUGACCAGCAGUUGUUGCCCUCAGUUCUAAGAGUUACUCAAAAAAGAAAGACAAAGAAGGAUAGAAAUAGGGUUAGAGAAAUGUAUUAGAAUCAUUUGGGGAUUUUGUUGGUUGAAAGCGCUUUAGUGUGUCUGUCCCGAGAACUCGACCUAGGAAGGCCCUGCACAGUUCAGGCCCCUCUGGGGUGUCCUGUGUCCUCAAGGUUACUACCACUGGCUGUUGGUCCCCAGGCGGAAACUCCAGAUUUUCAUUGGUAAUUACGAAUUGCACAGAUCUCCGGGUUUUAUGAGAAAGUUGAAUGUAGUACUGUGAAAAUGCUUACUUGGUCACUUGCCUAUUCCCCAGAUCUUAGCAAUAUGGUUAACCAACUAGCAUUUAACAUAAAAUGAUAGAAACAAAUGCCUCUUUUUCUGUAUUUCCUGGAGGCUUUGCAUUUUUCUUGAUACACAGUUUAAUGAUAUUUAUUUAGCUUAUGGAUCUCUUCUAGGAAACUAAGCUGCAAGGAAUAAUUGUAUAUAGAGUUAAUUAGAUUUAUUUAAAAUUCAUUUAAUUAAGGGAUGUUUGGAUGUGUAAUUUUUACCAGAAUAUGUGGAAAACUUUGCAAACAGAUGAAAGCCAGUUACAUUAUCUCGUUCAUUAGAAAUUAUCAGUAUAACUGAAUUAAAAAUUCCAGUUUAGAAUGCUUAAGCAUAGCUGUCUUUUCUUAAGGCCCACGUGGGUAACUGUGAUAUUUAAAGGGCUUAAAUUUUAGGAUGCAGGAUAAAUUGCCUUUUUAAAACCAAGUAUUUUAUACAAGAAACAUUUAUUUCCCAUUUUUAAACCACCACAUGGGUGUGUUGUGCUUGAGAAGUGAGCAGAGAUGUUGCUGGGAUACCAGAUGUCGCGGUUCCUGCCGUCCCCCUUUCUGUUUUGAGGGUGUAUUCUAACCCGGGUGCAUCCGAUUUAGAAACAAAGGGGUUAAUAUGGAUGGGUUUUUGAAUUUUAAAUUCUGUAAAGGAAAACAUGGAGUUUGUCCACAAAUUAAAUGGAUUUUUCUUAAUUUGAAUUUCAAGUAAUCUUAAUGUUUAUUUCAAGUAAUUAGUCAUACAUUUAGUUCCAUUGCCAGUUUUUCAAGCUCUUGAUUUCAGUGAGGCAGGGUAUACUCAGAUGUAGCCUCAUUCAGUCUUACGUGUUCAACACUUCAGCAGCCACUCUGGCUGACAAUAAUUUGAUUCCAUAUUACAAUAUAUGCCCUUAAGCUUUAAAAACAAAAAAACUUCCAUUUGCUAUUUAUCAAAUGGAAUGGACUAGCCCUCACAUCUAAUGUACUUACCGUUGGUAAUGCUGUUACCUUCUGACUUCUGAGCCGUCUCUCCUGAUGCAUAAAUGGUUCCCAGGGAGCCUGCGAACGCUGCACUGCUCUUUGCAGUGUUUUCUUCUCUCUGUUACUGUUUUAUGUUCUUGUGCUUAUCUUAAUCUGAAUGGAGGCCAGUUGUCUAGUUUAGCGGCUUUUGUUUUGAAGACUCUCAGAUCAUGUUUUAGUCUCUUUUAGCUUUGUAGCCCCUGAAAAAUGCAUUACUGUAUGGUGAUUUGUACCAGCAUACUACAUGGAGAGAUUUAUUCUUACUACUUGAUGAAUGAACAAUCCUAAAAUUGUAAUGUGUAACUGAAAGGAGUUUGAGAUUUGAGGGAUUGAUGAAGAAAAGAAUUAGAAACUUUCACGUAGCACUUAACUCUGUUUUCACUCACCUGCAAAAUGUGAAGUUAUAACUGAAACAUACAUCCAAGUGAGGGAUAAUGGGUUCUAGAUGUUAAUGUUAACUGGCCAGGGGGAUGCGGGGUGGCUCAUAAAGUUCACUUUGAAAGGACCCAAAGUUGCUAAAAGGUAGUAAAUGUGUUUUUUUCAAUAUAAAGUUAUUGACAUAAGAUGCUUUAUUUAUAAUAUAUUUAGAUUUUGAAAGUUACUGAGAGACAUCUAUGAGGAAUAUUUAUAGGUAAACAUAGUCUUACAGUCCUUAAAACCAUCAAAAUUUAAAGGAAUGAUUCCUUAUUUUCCCUAUACCCAUUUUUGUCUUUCAACUGCAUGAUGGAAUGUAGUAACAAUAGAAAGUCCUCGCCAAGACAAAUUUGCAGAAAGCAAAGUGAUUCCUAUUAAACAAAGAAGUGAAACUGAAUCAAUUUCCAGGUUCGGCUAAGGAGCAGACACUCUGCAUAUUUUAUUUUUAGGUUAUAUGUACGUUGAGAUUUAUCAAUGGAAAGUUAAGUCCAUCAAAUUAUGGGAUGAAGACUCCUGGUGACAUAGUUGUACUUCAUACUAAAGUAUAAAGUUAGAUAUUUUUACUUUAUCAUAAUGAUAUUUUUAUGACAGAAAAAAAACAGAUUCAUGUCUUUAAGUCUUUACAAAUAGUCUCUACGCAGACGUGGCGUUAUUGGGAUCUCAUUUUGGCGGCGCCUGCAAACCGACACUGCCUGAAGUGCCGGUGGACUUCAGCUCGCUGAGCUCCCUCUGCGGGACCCCAGUCGGCACUAACCAAUGCAGAGGUUCCUGUUUACAUAGUACUUUACAAGGGACUUACGAGUUCAGACCAUUGAUAGAAAGCUAAAACUUAAAAAAACUUUUUAGCUCAUUUUUUAAAUUUCAGUUUGAAGUGCCUGGUUUAUAAGAUCAAUUUUUUUAUUGUUACCUUUCUCUUUUCAGAAAUUGAAUAAUUUUUCUGAUUAAGCUUAAAACCCUGGGUCAGUUACGAAGAUGUAUUGAUGAAAUUUCUCCUUGAUGGUUUGGGGGACUGAACUUUAAUAACUUUAUUCAGUUGCCCUUAUUUUCCCAAAUGCCAUCUAACCACACCCAGCCUUCAUUAUUAAGUUGAGUUAAAGAAGCUCUUCCUGUCGAUGAAUGUUUAAGUUACCAAAGUACGUCACCCACUGCAGAAGAAGUCUUCCCACAUGAGAAGGGGCCCAUCAUCUUGGAGCACCCUGCGUCCCUUGUUGUUAGUGGGGACUGUUCAUUUAAAGAUGGGAAGCCUUUUGUGCAGCUCCUAGAAACACCUUUUUCUAGAGAACCUUUUCUGCGAUUAGGUUGGAAGUACGUUUUCCGAGUUACCAAGUGAAUGUCCCCGCUGACAGACGCUGCAUGCAGCGUCUGCUGAGGGCAGCCCGGGAUGUGGGGGAAGUGGUGCUGCUGCUCAUCUGGCGGGGCCUGGAGUGAACACCAUCAGGCGUUCGGAAGGAGUCAGAUCUUUAAACUUGAUUCAUUUUCUUCUUUGUACAAAGCGUUGGCUUCGAAUGCCUCUGUUUCAGGAUAUUUUUUGAAACAACAGUCCCUAAAAGGGUAAAUUUUGAUUUCAAACCAAGUCCCAAUAGCAGAUUUGAUGCUCCUGUCGUCACUGGUGCUCCUGCAUCAGACAAAGUUUGCCUGCCUCUCCACAGGGCCCCCUGAAUGGCACCUUACGUCUACUUGGAGGGUAGUAGGUGGCUGCUGUGUGCCCCCACUAUCUUCUCAAAAGCCAUUUGAUAAAAAUCCUAUGUAGCCUAUUUUAAUAUUUAAAUAUAUAUAUUUGUGAGAGAUACUUUUAGAACAGACUUCUACUUUAAAAUUCCUGUAUUCCCAUUUUUAAGAGUAAAUUUAAACCUUCCAGGAUUAUGACAUGUCUUUCCACAGCAACAAAAUGAGAAAGUCAGAUGGAGAUAAUGCACCACAGCUCAGUGAUAGAAGAGAUUGAUGUCUGGUUAAAGGAGACAGACGGGAAGGGAAAAAAGUGUUUUGAUGUAACAAAUGAAUUUUUACAUACAAUUUUGUUUUCUGUAAUACUUGCUGCUACAUUAGCUCAGUAUUUUACAGAGCUAACCGAUAACUCUGGCUCCGUGUAAAAACUGGAGUACUUUCUAGUACAGCCAGCCUAGAAGGAAGCUGCACCACGGUCUUCCGGACGGGGACUGCUUUCUCUAGCUGAUGCAUGCUUUACUGUUUGCCUGUAGCCCAACGCCAGGGGAGUGUGGGGAAACGUGCUAGUUCCGGCAUUGUGAUUCUCUUGGGGCACUGGCAUUUCGUGAAACCCUUGGGGGAGGGUAGUGCUGAGGAGGAAUGUGAAUUAAAUUAUGUAGAUGGGUGUUUUUGUGUCUUCUACCCCCUCCCAGAACCAGCUCACCAGCUUUGUACCCAGUUGUCAUCUCAUUCAAGUACCGCUUUACUUCUUGGUGACAGUGGCCAUAGCUAAGUUACUUGGCAUGUUUGACCUUCAACAAUAACAAAAAUGGUUUUGGAUUUUGCUUUAUUUCCUAAAAGUGUACACAAUGUCAGAACUUUACAUUUUGUAUACUAGUAUCUGGCUAUUAGUAUUUUACAGGAACCAUAGUUCUUGGUGACUACAUAUAUAUAUUUUUGUGACUUUUUUGUAAACCAAGUGCCGUUUGAACGUUACAAUCAUUUUUAGAGUUACUGUAAUCGAUGUGAAUAUUACAUUUGUUCAAACCCGUUCUGAGCCUAUAGUGUUUGCUCUGUGCACAUGUGUGUAUUGUACAUAUUCUGUAUAGUUCCAUUGUACUGAAAUACUAGCUUGUUUGAUAUAAGGAAAGUAUGUAUUGAGUAACUUUUUGCUAGCCUGGUUGUUUAAUCUUUUU